UAGGGCGCCUCGCGGCAUCGCUGAUGCAUCCUCGGCUGGUCCUCGCGCGCAAGUGCCCGCCGCGUCCGCGCCGCUGGGCGCCAGCGGCUCCUGCGCCCCGGCAGCGAGGGCAGCCACGCCGCGGCGGGCGCCUACGGGACCUGGGGCUCGCAGGCCGAGGCGCAGUUCCUGUUCGAGGUGGCCGACAUGGACGUGGCGCCCGACGUGGCCACCCACCUGGGCGCGGUCUCGUUCCAGACAGGCCUGCCGGUGUGCCUCGCCCUGGACGCGGCGCAGCAGCUGGCCGACGACGCCAUCGUGCAGUCCUCCGACCUGGUGGCCUGGGCCCAGGGCGUCGGCGGAGGCCGCCCGGGGACGGCCGCCGCAGGGCUGCAGUCCGGCGCCUCCACCGACGGCCGGCGGUUCCGCAUGGCCUACCUGCAGGGCCUCGACGUGCGCGCGGAGUGGCUGGGCGCUGUCGCGGCCGCGGGCAGCGCGGUGGUGUCGCCGCCGGCGCUGGCCGUCUCGCCAUGCCGCCUGCUGAUACUCCGCACGCUGCUGCUGCUGCUCAACGGCAUCACGCCGAACGAGGCGGAGGCAGAGGCGCCCAAGCUGGCGCAGAUGCUGCUCGGCCUCGACCCAGAGCCCGCCGCGGGUGCGGACGUGGACGUGGAUGCCGCCCGCGCGGCGCAGCCGAUGCCGCUGGACGCUCUGAUGGCGCUGCUGGAGAACCCGCCGCCCGUGCCCGCGCAGCCCGAGGGCAGCGGCGGGCCGUGGCCCUCCGACGGCCGGGCGCUGCGCUCGCGGGGCGUGGACCAGGGCACAUCCCAGGCGCUGGAGCAGCACGCCAUCUACGAGGCGGCCCUGGGCGUCCUGCUCGGGCUGUUCAACGCGCCGGCGCUCCGCGACGUCGCGCUGCGCUACGCGUGCCACGCGUGGCCCUCGAGGUACCAGGCGGUGAGGGACCUGCUGGGGCUGCAGUGGGAGGCCGUCGCGGGGCCCCUGCGGUGCCUGCUGCUCUCCGAGGCCUCGCUGACGCUGCAGGCGGUGUCCUGGGAGAUGCGGCUCGUGCCGCCCGCGGGCGCUCCGCCGCCCAGGCAGGUGCUGCCGCCGAGCUUCGCGGCGCAGCAGAGGCGAGGGCACGAGCGCCAGCCCCCUCCGCCAGGAGGUCGCCCAGAGCCUCUUCUCGCCCUGCGACGCGGGCUCCCCGGCGGCGCACAGCGCCGCGCCCUUCUUGGUGAAGUCCGCGCUGCGGCUGGCAGAGGCCGGCGAGCCAGAGGCGGGCUCGCCGGGGUCGGGGCCCCCGCAGCUGGCGACGUGCUGCGCCUCUCGCGGACCUCCCUCCUGGCCGUGUCCGACGCAGGCGAUGCCGCGCUUCGCCUCGACCUCCACGACCCACACCUGCUGCUGCGCACCUUGCAGGCCGGCAGGAAGUGGCUCUCCGCCACCGGCUCCCCCGUGGACCCGGCGGCCCUCAGCGCCGAGGAGGCGGAGAUGUUGGGCGCAGUGGGGGCCAGCAACGAGGCAGCCUGCGCUGCCUUCUUCUCCAAGGCCGCCUCCUCCUCGCUGCACCUCUUCACCGCCGCCGCCCUGCACCACCUGGCCGCGGGCGGCGCUCGGCCGGGGGCCCUCGCCCGCCACCCCCGGGGCCAGGUGGCCCGCGCCCACCUGGAAGCGCUGCUGCCCGCGCUGGCCGCGGCGCCCGGCGGCGCCCCCGAGCGCGCGGAGCUGCUGGCGCGGCUAGCGUGCGGCUUCGUUGUCGCGGCGCAGCAGACGGAGUCGCCGCCUCCCCGCGCGUUCGUGGGCAGCCUGUUCUGCGCGCUGCGCGACAUGGCGCUGGAUCCUGCCAGCUCGCCGGAGGUGCGCAAGUGCACCCACCAGGCCCUGUUCCUGGUCCUCCACCGCAUGCUUCCCGCCCCGCAGGCCGGGCCUGACGCGCGGCUCGGCGACCACGAGCUGGCGGCGCUGCGCGGCCUCGCGGGCGCUCUCGCGCGCGAGGCGGCGUCCUCGCACGAUGGCGCGCAGGACGGCCUGCAGGACGGCGCGGCCGGCGGCUCUGCCGGCCCUGGUGGCCCUGUUGCUGCGGGUGCCGCAGCACCAGCUGCCCGGCCUCUUCCCCGACGGGGCCCCCGCGGCGCAGCUGGCGUCGCUGCUGGCGGUCGGUCCGGGCGCGGCGCCGGCCGGGCAGGACGACGCCCGCUCCGCCGUGCCGCAGCGCCUCCAGGCCGCGUGCGCGGCGGCGCUCCUCUGCCGGGCCCCGCCGCUCGCCGCGGCCUUCUUCGAGGCCGGGGGGCUGGCGGCGGUGCUGCGGCCGGGCUUCCUGGAGGCGGCGCAGGCGCGCCUGGCGCUCCCGGGCCUCCACGUUCUCGAGGCGGGCGCGCCGUUCCGCGGGCCCUCCGACCGCAUGGCCGGGCCGCUCUCUGCGCUCCGCCUCGCGGCCCUGCAGUGCUGGGCCCUGGGCCUGCCGUGGGCGGGCGCCGCGCCGCGGGCCGCGGCGGCCGCGAGCGGCUGGGGGCACGACCCCGCGUACGCCGAGUUUCUCGACCACCUCGACCGCCUCGGCCUGGCGGGCCAGCGCCCAGGCGAGGACGCGGCCACGCUGCGGCUGCGCGCGGGGUUGUUCCGCGAGCGCAGCGCCCGGGCGGCCGCGCACAACGCGGACGGGCGGGCCCGCUGGCGCGCCGCCGUGAACCAGUUCUCGGACCACACGGAGGCCGAGCUGAGGGCGCGCCUGGGCUACAGGCGCGGCGGCGAUCGGCCUGGGCGGUCGGCCUCCCUGCGCACGGUGCGCCGGCGCGCCCAUCGGGGGGCGGCCGGAGCGCCCCUGCCGGACGCGGUGAGCUGGACGGGGCGCCUCGCGUCCGCGAACUUCACGAGGGACCAGGGGAACUGCGGGUCGUGCUGGGCGGCGGCAGCCGUCGGCGCCCUCGAGACGCACGCGGAGCUGGCCCACGGGAGGGCCGCCCCGCUUUCGCACGACAUGCUGGUGAGGUGCACGCGGAACCCGCGCAAGUGCGGCGGCUCCGGGGGCUGCGAUGGUGCCACCGCCGAGCUUGCUUUCGAGUACGCCACGCAGUACGGAGUUGCGGAUCGACGAGGCCGACCUGGCCACGUGGCAGUCGUGUGAUGGUGGCUCGAAGCCCCGCGUGGUGGCACAGGGGAUACGUCCAGCUUCCAAUGAAUGAGGCUCGUCCGCUGAGACAUGCGCUUUCGACAGAGGGGCCAGUGGUUGUCUCGGUGGAGGCCAACGAUUGGUUCAUGUACGGCGGGGGCAUUUUCGAUAAGUGCCAGAUCGAUGCGGAGGUGGACCACGCCGUCCUCCUGGUGGGAUACGGCCAUGAAGCUGGUAGCCUAUACUGGCAGAUCCGAAACUCGUGGGGCUACAGGUCCGCGGAAGGCAUUCAUACACCACCAACGCUGGCCAAGCUGGGGCGAGCGCGGCCACCUCCGCCUGCUGCGCCUCGGGGACGAGGGCGACGACGCGCACUGCGGCACCGACCGCAGCCCGCAGCUCGGCGCGUGGUGCGAGGGCGGCCCCGGCGAGGUGCGGGUGUGCGGCACCUGCGGCAUCCUGUCGGACUCCGUCUACCCCCGCGGCGUGCGCCUCGUCGACGUUGCGGGGUCGAGCCUCUGAGCCCGCUGGGCGCGGGCCCCGCCCAGCCCGAGCGGCGGGGCUCCCGCUGGUGCUGGGCCAGCGCGCCAGAGCGCGCCAUGUAUCCGAGGCGGGGAUGGCUGCGAGAGGUGUUCCUGGAACCUGGCCUUCGGGGAACACGCCAUGACAUGAACAUGAGCUUUCGGAGGUCCGCGCGGAGCUCUUGGAUCGGCGCUCCAACCCCCCUCCCUGGCCUCGCGGAGCGCGCCAGGGGGCUCCAGCGGCGAUCCGAGAAGUCCGCGCGGACCUGCGAGAGUUCAUGUUCAUGUCAUUUUGUGGUCCCUGAAUGCCGUUGGCGUUGCGAAGAUAACGGUCGAAGCGGCGCCGCCAGACCACUUGUUAAACGGUAUCCCCAACUUUGGGGGUAGCGUGCCCCGUAGAAGCCCUGACAGGGCGAUAGCAUGCACGGAAGGAUCCCUCGCAGGAGGAUCGCCCGACAGGGACAGCGUGCACGGAGGAAGCCUCACUUGGGGUGAAAGCAUGUUGUUCGGAGGUCGGUGUUGCACGCUGCUUCUGCGACGCCAACCGUAAACCACCGCCUGGAAGAUCGAUC